AAAGGCAGAACCCCCUGCUCACCCUCUCUCUCUCUCUCUCUCUCUCUCUCUCUCUCUCUCUCCUCGCCACUUCCAGCGUCGAAGCUGCGGUGGCUCCGACUCCGGCCGACUCCGGUCACCGGCGACUCCGAAGCCCUCCAGGUCGGACGACCCUCGACGGCCGUCGCGUCGGUGAUUGAGGGUUCGCGGCUAUGUUCUUGGAUGUUUGAGCUGCUAAUGUGCCUCCCUUAAUAGUAGAUGCUGCGAAAAGCGGGAAUUUACAGGAUGGGGCCAACCUCUGUGGUUGUUUAGUACAUAUUGUCAAAGCAACUUUUGGUUGGAAUUGGUAGUUUGUGGAGAACUUUGUUUUUGGCUUCUCCUUUGUGUGCUUCGUGAUACCAUUGGCAUGCUCUUAUAAAAUCCUCUGCUGAAAGAAAUCGGAAUUGAAACCAUCCUUUCGACUCAGUCAUGCAGUCAGCUUUUCAGCUUCAUUCACCCUUGUUCAUUUGUGACAGUAACAGUAGUCGAAGUAUACAAGUGCACGGAUGGAUGCAAACAAAAAUACCAAGUUCAAUUCAGCUUGUCAAGAAACUUAAAAUCGCAAAGAGUAUCCCGCGUUAUAAAUUCAUCUUGCCCAGGGAAGAGACUAAAUUGGCGGCUGUUCCCAAUACAGAUGAUGGCCACCUUUCCGUUUCUAUAUUGGAAGAAGAAGCAAAUAACAAUAAAGCAUUCUUCGUUGAAGUAGACACUUGGUUUAGCAAAUGGUCACCUCCUAAGUAUCUGUGGAGGGGGUUAUCCGUUCUUAUCCUAGCAGGACAGGUAAUUAUCCGGACACUGCGGGGGAAACUCCACUGGAAGAACACUCUGCAACAGUUGGAGAGAGUUGGCCCAAAAUCAGUUGGAGUUUGCCUCUUGACUUCUGCUUUUGUAGGCAUGGCUUUCACCAUUCAGUUUGUCAGAGAAUUUACCAGGUUGGGAUUGAAUAGGGCAGUUGGUGGGGUUUUGGCCUUAGCUUUCUCCAGGGAGCUGAGUCCUGUUGUAACAUCUAUUGUAGUCGCCGGACGUGUUGGAAGUGCAUUUGCUGCGGAGUUGGGGACUAUGCAGGUAUCUGAGCAAACUGACACCUUGAGAGUUCUUGGCACGAAUCCUGUGGAUUAUUUAGUCACGCCAAGGGUGAUUGCUUCCUGUGUUGCAUUACCAUUUCUGACAUUAAUGUGUUUCACGGUGGGAAUGGCAUCGAGUGCCCUCCUGGCUGAUAGCGUUUAUGGUGUUAGCAUUAACAUUAUCUUGGACUCGGCCCAAAGAGCUCUUAGACCAUGGGAUAUUAUAAGUGCAAUGAUCAAGUCCCAGGUUUUUGGAGCAAUUAUAUCUAUCGUUAGCUGUGCUUGGGGCGUCACUACCAUGGGAGGGGCCAAGGGCGUGGGCGAGUCGACAACUUCUGCUGUGGUCAUCUCACUUGUCGGUAUAUUCAUCGCAGAUUUUGCACUCUCUUGCCUUUUCUUUCAGGGAGCGGGGGAUUCAUUGAAGAAGCUGUGAGGUGGCAUGUCUUGCACUUGGACAAGUACUAUGUCAUAACCUUUACAGUUCCCUGUCAUUUCUGUUUAGUUUGUUUACUUCCAUCUACUUUUAGGAAUUUUGGAAUGCUUUGGUUGCUAUAUCCUGUUUAUCGAAAAUAUGUUAGGCCUUUAAUCAUCUCAUAGACCUCCAAGCUUUAGGUUAAGGGAGUGUAUAUAUUUUGAGUUCUUAUCUAACAUGGGCGAGUCCUUUUCUCUUUCUUUGUGUUCGCCAAAAUGAGGAAGGCACUUUGGGUAGGUUAAUGCUGCAUUUAAGAAGUAUGCUGUUAACUCCAUGGGUUAGAUUGUUAGGUUCUUUAUUUACUGCUGUUA